AUGUCUUUCCUACGCAAGAAUUCCGACCCGCUACCUUCCAUCUUCCCUCAAUACCUCCUUCCGAGCAUUCCGUUCCGCCGCAAGUCCCGGCAGUCCAGCACCGACAGCAAUGAUUCCACCACUUCCACCCUAUCCAUGGUCUCCUCUUCCUCCAUGAACCCCUUCCACCGCUCUCCCACCCCGGUCCCAGCCGUCGCCGCCAGCUCUCCUAUCACACCUCCCGCUGAAUCGGACAAGUUCCUCUCCGGUCACUCGUCGCGCCUGCACUGUGCCAAAUGCAGCACCGACCUCUGCCUCUCCUCGCAGAUCAUCUCAAAAGGCUUUACCGGUCGCCACGGCCGCGCCUAUCUGGUACAAGGCACGCCAUCGCACAUCAAUACCCCAGCCGCAAACCUGCCCAACACCUACCAAAACAAGGCCGUGCCACGCAAUCUCGUGACGGGCCAGCAUAUGGUCAGCGACAUCAGCUGCGCCAUCUGUGGCACCGUGCUGGGCUGGAAGUACGUGCAGGCAAGUGAGGAAAGCCAGAAGUACAAGGUGGGCAAGUACAUUCUGGAGACCAAGCGGAUCCGCAUUGGCGUAUCAUGGGAGAACGACGACAACGAAGACUUCGAAACAGCAUAUGACGAGAUCUUGCCGCUACCACCCGACCAGCUACGCAACCUGGACGGGCCGAGUCGCGGUGGCGGAGGCGGCGGCGGUUCUGCGCCGUUUGCACGUUCCAACAGUCGCAACUCCUCAACCAGCCCGGCGAGGAGUCCAAGCCCAGGCCCGAAGCGCGGACCAGGCAGUGACCGCCACGCCGACGUUGAAUUUGACUCGCAGGACGAGGACGAGUGCGAGGAUCUCUUUGCGGGCGUGUGGAGUCCGCAGCUGGCCGUCAAGAGGAGGCAGCGGCGCACCAACCGCAUGAUGAACAAGCAGGCGGCCAUUGCGCGCCUGCGGAGCCGGAACGCCAGCGAAGAUACGCUUUCGUCGCGGUGA